AUGAACAUCGAAUCUCAACCUCAAACUCAGAACAAAGGCUUAUUUUCUGUGAAGGUCAUGGUCCGUACCAAGCCACAGGCUCAGACAGAUUGGGAAUGGGGCAAAUCAAACGCUAUCUCGCAUGGCUGA